GUCAGAUGCAUUGCAUGUGUGUAUAUGUGUCAGGGACGGUCGGUUACACUCGCUCCUCCACUCUUCCCGGGAUUAUGAAUGAAUGUGCAUGUGUGGCACGUGCAGUUUGUGCUGGCUUGCACAUACGACUACAGCUAUGCCAUAUGCCGCUGUGGAUGAGUGUGACUUCAAGUGGUGUGGAGAGUAACAUGUUGGCUUUGUGUGCCCCCAUGUAACUCAGAAGCCCUUCAUUAACUAAACAUGACCCUUAAGAGCACGAUUAGCCUCAUUUCGAGGCAGGAUGUCGGAAGCCAUCAAACAAGGGGGGGAAAUCCAUUACUGUAAUUGCAUUGAGAAAAGGGAGGAAGGAGAGGGGAUGGGAAGAAAGGAAACGUAGAUGGAUAAAAAAGGAAGAAAAUGAGUGGGAUGGACGAAAGUAGGAGGCAGAGGGCUGUCAGCGACGCUUAGAUGAAGUGAGGGAGUGUGAACGAGAGCAAGGAUAUGUGGCUGAGGGAGGGGGGAGUCAGCUGACGGUAUGAACAGAUACCCUGUAUGAAUCCAUAGUUCCUUCCCAUACAUCCCCCCUCUGUCUGCCGUUACAAUUGGUAUGGCCCUCUGACAAUAAAACCACCUCCAGUGAGUCUCGAUGUGCCACUUGCACGCGCUUCUCUGAGGUUCAUCGUCAGUGCCCUACUUUUAGGCAGGAAAGGGCUGUAGGCGCACUGCCAUGCCGGCCAGACAGGGCAUGGGGAAAACGCCCCAGAAUGGCGGACACUGUCGCCGCCAUGGCCCUUCCUGACAUGGAGCGACUCAGGGAUGAAGAAACCGAAGGGCGACGCUGGUCUUUCCUGUGUUGUCAAAGCCCAGAAACCCUGGCAGAGACAAAGAAAAGAAACAUUUUUUUGUAUUCUUCUACGUUCAAACAUGUCCUGUUUUCUGCCAGGCAGCCACUGAGCAUGAGGCUUCUUGAAGAACGAGAGGGACAACGCCCUGCUGUCCGCCAUCGAGGAAUCUCGCCGCAGGACAUUCCUCCUGGCUGAAGAGUACCAUCGUGAGUCCAUGCUGGUCCAGUGGGAGCAGGUGAAGCAGAGAGUGUUGCACACUCUCCUUGGAGCAGGAGAGGACGCCCUCGACUUCAGUCAAGAUGUGGAGCCCAGCUUUGUGAGUGAAGUAACAGCACCAGGAAGGAGUGCUUUGGACAGCGUGGAGGUGGCCUACGGGCGUCAGAUCUACAUUUUCAACGAGAAGAUUGUGAAUGGUCAUAUUCAGCCGAAUCUGGGAGAUUUAUGUGCAUCUGUAGCAGAAAGCUUGGACGACAAGAAUGUGUCAGACCUGUGGCUCAUGGUGAAACAGAUGACCGAUGUUUUGCUGGUUCCUGCCAAAGAUACGCUGAAGAGUCGCACUUCAAUUGAGAUGCAAAUGGAAUUUGUGCGGCAGGCGCUCGGCUUCCUAGAGAAUAGUUAUAAAAAUUAUACCAUGGUGACUGUGUUCGGAAACCUUCAUCAGGCCCACCUGGGAGGGGUACCGGGAACGUACCAGCUUGUACGCAGUUUUCUUAACAUCAAGCUACCCGGUCCCCUGCCUGGCAUGCAGGAUGGUGAGAUAGAAGGCCACCCAUUGUGGGCUGUGAUCUACUACUGUCUACGUUGUGGAGACUUGAAUGCAGCCAUGCACGUAAUCAAUCGAGUCCAACACCAGCUGGGAGACUUCAAGACCUGGUUUCAGGAGUACGCAAACAGCCCAGACAGACGCCUUUCCCCAACUUCAGAGAACAAGCUUCGUCUCCACUACCGCAGAGUACUGAGGAACAGCGCCGAUCCCUACAAGCGAGCUGUUUACUGCCUCAUUGGGAAAUGUGACGUCAGCGAUAACCAUGGGGAGGUGGCGGACAAGACGGAAGACUAUCUAUGGCUAAAGCUGAAUCAGGUCUGUUUCGAUGAUGAUGGCAGCAGCUCACCUCAGGACAGACUGACCUUGCCACAGCUACAGAAACAACUACUGGAGGACUAUGGAGAAUCCCAUUUCUCUGCAAGCCAGCAGCCUUUCCUGUAUUUCCAGGUCCUAUUCCUGACCGCUCAGUUUGAGGCCGCCGUGGCAUUUUUGUUUCGUGUUGAGAGACUUCGGAGUCAUGCCGUACACGUGGCAUUGGUGCUGUAUGAGCUACGGCUGUUGCUGAAGUCCUCUGGCCAAAGCGCUCAGCUGUUGAGUCAAGAGCCCGGCGACCCCCCGACUGUGCGCCGCCUCAACUUUAUCCGCCUGCUCAUGCUCUACACUCGCAAAUUUGAGUCCACGGAUCCAAGGGAAGCCCUGCAGUACUUUUACUUCUUACGAAAUGAGAAGGACAGCCAGGGGGAGAACAUGUUCAUGCGGUGUGUCAGUGAACUUGUUAUUGAGAGUCGUGAGUUUGAUAUGUUACUCGGAAGAUUGGAAAAGGACGGGAGUAGGAGACUCGGGGUCAUUGAUAAGUUCGCUGGAGACACCAGGGCUAUCAUUAGUAAAGUGGCCUUGGAAGCUGAAAACAAGGGUUUGUUUGAGGAAGCCGUCAAACUCUAUGAGCUGGCCAAGAAUCCAGACAAGGUUUUGGAGCUGAUGAACAGGUUGUUGAGCCCUGUCAUUGCUCAGGUCAGCGCUCCUCAGUCUAAUAAGGAGAGGCUAAAAAACACUGCAGUGGCCAUUGCGGAAAGGUACCGCUCGCAAGGGAUAGCAGGUGACAAGUUUGUCGACAGCACUUUCUACCUGCUUCUGGAUCUGAUGACCUUCUUUGAUGAGUACCAUGCAGGGCAUGUCGAUCGCGCAUAUAAUGUGAUGGAGCGUCUGAAGCUUCUGCCCCUCAGCCAGGACAGUGUGGAGGAGAGAGUGGCUGCCUUCAGGAACUUUAGCGAUGAGGUGCGUCAUAACCUAUCAGAGGUGCUGCUAGCCUCCAUGAACAUCCUGUUCACGCAGUACAAGCGUCUGAAGGGGGCGCCGGCUGGCACACAGGGACGAGCCCAGAGGACGUUGGAUGACAGAGACACGCAGCUGCGCGGUCAAGCUCGAGCCCUGAUCACCUUCGCUGGAAUGAUUCCCUACAACAUGGCUGGAGACACCAAUGCCAGACUGGUGCAGAUGGAAUUGCUGAUGAACUGAGAUAUCACUACACACAGAAUCAAAAACAACCAGGGGAUGUUUUGGUGACACCCACCAAUUACCCACACUCUCAUUUUCAUUAUUUUAUUUUAAUGAGGCAAACAUGCAUUGUUUGUGUUUGCAUGCGUAUCUUGUGUUUCUAUCAUUAGUUUAUAUCUUUUGAUCCUUUCCCCAUUGUACUGUUUCAUAUUUGUACUGCCAGUUGUUUGGAAUUAAAAAAGGACUUUUCA